AUGUAAUCAGGCACAAUAAUCAGAUAUAACGUUCAAUCCAAGGAAGAGCUUGCUAAAAUCUUUCUAGAUCCCAAUACUAGGUAAUUAUGGGAUUAAAGUAGCAGCUCAAUAAAUAUCAGAUCUAAGAACACUUUCAUCGAAUUAAGUAAAAAUGGAAUCUAAAAUAAGAUGGUUUUAUCCCUUGCUUCUGACUAAAAGGGCUGGCUCUAUGUUAAGUAAACAGCACUUGAAUAAUCAAAUGAAGGAAAUAUUAAACCCACUUAUUUUUUCUUGAAAAUAAUAGAAAUUUAGAGAUACGAUAAUAUGCUAUUUCUUACUGUUUAUAUUGGGAAAUUGACUCAAAUAAAUGAAGAAUAAAAUACAAGAUUCUCUUUCCCAGAAGACAUUACUUAAAUAUUCAAGCAGACUUGCUAAGAUUUUGACAAAAUAGUGAAGUCUAUUGACCCGGAGAUCAAUCGUAAUUAAAUUUAAAACCCAGUAAGGUAUUUCAAUUAAAUCAAGGAAUAGGAAGAUAUCUAAGUAAUCAAAGAAAAGGCUAAAGUUGAAAAGCCUAAAAAGUCUAAUAAGUCUAAUGAAAACAAAGCUUAAGCUAAGAAGAAAGAUGAAGAAAUUAGAACAGAAGCGGAAUAAAAAUUGACACAUAUCGACAGUGUAAUUAACUAUCCUGACUGGGAGAUGGUGACUGAAGACAAGAAAAAGAAAUUUGUCUAGUAUAAAAGAGUCUCUGAAAGAGGUCAUAAGUCUCUUAAAGUGGAAUUCAUUUCACACUAUAGCCUUGAUUAUGUGGUUAAAAUGUUCUUCGACGAAGGAUUCCAAUAGAAAAUGAAUGAAAAAGUUGAGUAUCAGAAAGUAAUGGAAACUAUAGUUCCUGAUGAGACAGAGAUUAUUUAUUAGAAGAUGAAGAAGAUGCCUUUCUUUUCAGAAAGGGAAAUGCUUUUUGUGAGGCACAGACAUAGCAUUGACGAGAAAACCUAUGCAUUCAUUAUAUAUUCUAUCUAAAGAGAUGACUUAGUAGCCUAGAAUAAGGAUGUAGUGAGGGUUUGGGUGGAAUUUAUAUCUUACAAGCUUGAGGCUAUUGAUAGUUCAAGUACCAAGAUCACACAUACAUUAGAGAUGGAUAUGAAGAGUAAAAUACCUGAUUUUGUGAUUAAUAAGAUCCACAAGGAGAUGGGCUAGAAGAGAGCUGCUCUUGAUCAGAGUAUUCAAGAAUAUAUUAAGGAAUAAAAUAAAAAGAAAAAGUGA